GUGUGCAUUUAAGUUUAGUAUGUCGAUCAAAAAGUCAAAUUUAUCUGUGGGGUUUACCCAAGAAAAUGUUGAACGAGUUACAGAAGAAAAAAGAUUUUCUCGAAAAGAAUAUUUACAAAAUAUUAAAUCAAUCGCUGGUCAUGCUGGACUUUUAAUUGCAUUAAUGCUUUAUACAGCAAUUGGUGGUUUGGUUUUUCGAUAUAUUGAACUUCCUGCAGAAUUAUCACGUUUGGAAACUUUGCGCGCCAAUUUACGCGUUCAUAGAUAUUCAUUCGUUGAUUCGGUUUCCAACAAUAGUGAUGUGUCAAAUUUGCGCAGACUGGUUAGCGUGAAAUUACGUGAAUAUGAACAAGUGGUCCAGGAGGCAGCACAAAGCGGUUUGUUGAUCACUUUUGUAUCUGAUACGAUCGAUCAAGAAAAUCGAGAUACAACGGAUUUGCCUCCUAUUGUAAUUGAAAGAUGGAGUAUUUUUCAAGCUGUUUUUUUUGCAAGCACUGUUCUCACUACGAUUGGAUAUGGAAAUGUUGUUCCAUCAACUAAUGGAGGAAGGAUGUUCUGUAUUUUGUUUGCUUUCGUUGGUAUACCUUUGACUUUAAUAGUAAUAGCUGAUUUGGGAAAACUGUUUGCCAAAGGUGUAGUUAAAAUCGCUUUGGUAAUGAAAUCAAAACUUCCGUUACACUUUUCCUUCUCUUGCAUUCCGAUGAAUUUAGCUGGAAGACGAUCGCUCGGAGCAUUUGCUGCAAUUGUCUUGCUUUUUUUGUAUCUCGCUUGUGGGGCAGGUAUGUUUAUGUUAUGGGAAGAUGACUGGAAUUUUUUUGAUGGAUUUUAUUUUUGUUUCGUGACGAUGACCACGAUAGGAUUCGGUGAUUUAGUACCAAGUAAGUAUUAA